AUGGUGGUUGUGGAGAAAAAUCCAGACUUUGAAAAUAAUAUGUCUGAAAAUGAAGGAGUUACUCCAAAAGAGCAACGAGUUUAUUCUUUAGAAAUUUUGAAAAUAAUAAAAGAUGCUCAGCAACAACAUGGUCUUCGCCACGGAGACUAUCAGCGUUAUCGAGGUUACUGCUCACGGCGUCUUCGCAGACUCCGAAAAGUGCUCAAAGUACCCCAGGGUGACCGAAGACAUUUCAAGCGAAAAGACGUGACUGCUGCAAUCGUCACCGAUGAUAAAUUUCUCCAAGUUCCACUGACGAUGGCCGAACGCGCUUGGAGUUAUGCUCUGCAAUUGAGAAUAGAAUCUAAUACCGAGCUGAGGAAGAAAUUUCAUUUGAUAUCCAGACUGCGUAAAGCAGCCACUUAUGCUCUGCAGCUUCAAGAAUUAAUCGAGAAUGUGAACUGUGAUGCAAGGACAAAAUUGGAGGCUCAAGCUUACGUUGCUUGGAUGCAAGGAUCGCUUCAAUUCGAGCUCCAGCUGUGGAAAGAAGCGAUGACAAACUUGAAAAAGGCCCAAGUAGUCUACGGAGAGCUUGCUUCUGCUUUGCCAGAAUCCGAACAAACUAUUUAUAAGGCUAGAGUUGAAGAGCUGGCUCCGAGCUUGAGAUACUGCGCUUAUAACGUCGGAGACGAGUCGGCAAUUGAUGAUCUUAUGCAAAUGCGAGGUCAACUGAGCAGUGAUUUGAUAAUGAACUUAGAUACUUUGAUCGCGCAAACCCAAGUUAAGCAAGCUAAUGUUGAAGAAACAACUUGGCGUGGAAAAUCUUGCGGAGUUGUCCCAUCACGUGCUACAGGUUUAUUGAUCGCUGAUUCCCAAUUGAAUCAAACACUUGCCAAGGCUCCAAAUCAUGAGGCUAAAAUUGAGUUGCUCGAGGCUCAUCUGAUUGAUUGCAAAGACGUGCUGGCUUUUAUUCGCGAUCACUUUAAAAAUGAAUUAAAAAAUAAAGAUGAAAAAUCACCAGCUCAGCACUUGGUUGCUUAUCUGCAGUACAUAAAACUCUCCCGGACUCUGGAAAGAAAUCUUGCGUUGGUAAAAAUUGCCGAAGCGUCUGAAAAAGCCAAGCCGCAAGAUAUUGUCAGACUUUUUGAGGCUGUCCUUCACAAUUUGCUGGAAAUGUCUCAGCUUUUGGAUGACGACGAGGAAUAUGUACGUGAACAGGAAGCUAAGACUAAAGGCUACCGUGCUUUUAGGUGCUUCUAUAUGGCUCAAUCAAUGGCCAAUUUGCAAAUGUGGCGUGAAGCUGUUGCACUUUACCAGCGAUCACUUCAUCACGCUCAAGACGCUCUCAAGGAUAGUAAGUAUCUUCCUGAAGAUUUGAAGAGUGAACUAGCCAAGUUGGAGAGCUCUGUUGAAGGCGCUCAGUGUGCUGUUCAUGCGCACAGUAUUCUUCAGGACGAAAAAGAGGAAACUGGAGCAGUUAAACAGACUAAAAGCAAGAAACCUCUUUGCGAAAGAUUGCAUGAGUAUCGGGAAGAUCCAUCGCUUCUUUCUAAACAACCCAAUGUCUUCAAUCUUCCACCACCCAUGAAAAGCAUUCCUUGUAAACCUUUAUUCUUUGAUCUUGCAUUUAAUAUGGUUGAGUUUCCAGAUUUGUCUGAUAAAUUGGGUGAUCAAGGGAAGAAAAGUCAAGCUGGACUUACUGGGUUUGUUAAAGGUCUAUGGGGCUGGGGUAACAAGUAA